CAGACCAUGAGUGCUGGGUGCUAGACCUACAGACUACCAUGUGACUAUACUGUUAGACCCAGGCCCCCUGGGGGUAUGACCCGCCAUCCAUACCCUUCUGCCUCGGCUGCAGUGCCAACCCCGGGCAUGGGUGUGCUGCCCACCUCCCUAAGGGUACCCCUGCAGACCUGCCCAAGGGACAAGCAGCAAGAAGGCCUCUACUUCCUCAAGGCCUUGGGGAGAAUGGGCCAUGGAAAGGACAGCACCAAGCCCAGGGAUGAAGUGCUCCAUCCACAUGCUGUCAAGGACAACCUUCUGACCACGCUGAGGUGGCCUAUCCACUCCCGGCCCCUGGGUCCACUCCGAGCAGUUCCCUAUGUGCCCUGGCCUGAUUACAUCAAGGAGCCAGGCCCCAACAUGAAGACCUGCAGCCUGCCCAUGUGGGCUCAAUGCUUGGACACCUGGGAUGUGGACAGCUCGGUGUCAUCCGGACGAAUCUCUGGCUCCUCAGGGGGGCAUGAGUCAUGCGCACUUUCCCAUGGGCCCUGGAAGGAAAGGCCACCCCUCGUGUUGGGGCCCCAGCAUCAGCCCAGGAAGAGUAACCCUCGUCUGGAACAGUUGAGGGACAAGAUCCGAGCCCAGGCACGGUGGCAGGCUAGUUGUGCCUCCCUGGGCACCUCUGUACCCCCAAGUGCCUCCUGUUUCUUCAAGACCUCAACAGUGCGGCGCAAGACCCCGAAGGUGACAAAUGCUCUUCCAGUGCCCAAUUGCCGAGGUCAGUGGCUGCUUUGCUCAGCUGGCAUUCUUCGUGCUGCUGAGUAUAGAGACAAAGACAGGACACCUCUCAGCUUGGGGCGGGAGCGCUCGAGGGGUCACCAUACUUCAGUUCCAAGGACAAACAUCAAAAGGAUCAAAAGCGCUGCUUGCAGAAGAGAGAUCCCAAAGUCGUCUGUCCCCUGCAGAACUCCCAAAGGCAGAGGCUUUCAGAAGAAAACAGCAGCUGUUGAGGACCCAGCUGCCCACACCUGCUUGUCUAAGCCCACCUGUGCCCACAGUGACCCGCAGGUGUCUGAGCAUACACCCAGCCUGGCUUUCCAUGAGCAGUCAGCAACUAUCCAAGGUGCCAUGGACAUCCUACACGACCUGCGCCAACAAAUCCAGGCUGGUCUGGAGCUUGCCAGGAGCCCCAGGCUGCCAAGGAAGCUCUCACCAUCAAAACCAAAGCCUCAGAACUUGCCAGGGAAGAGGCAGCGAGGACCCCAAAGCACCCGGGACCUGCAGGGCUUCUCAGAGAGUGCUUGGACUGUGCCGAAAGGGAAGCGUUCUUUCUUAGACAGGACUGUGAACUUGCACGGCCAGCAACAUUGGAAAGAAGCCUUGCCUGAGCAGGAGUCUUAUCUGCAGAGGGCCUGGACAGCACAGGGGCAAGACACUUCCUUCCAGAGGUCUGGGAACACCCCAGAAAAGCAAAAUCCCUUCUCACAGCGGCCUUGGAGUGCCCUGGCUGGCCAGGCUUGUUCACGGAGGACCUUCACAGCUUGUAAAGACUGGGAGGUUUCCGAGCCCAGUCCACCGAGCUCUCUGGCUAGGCCGCAUUCUGCACUCCGGCAACCGUGGAGUAGUUCUUUUGUGCAGAGGUCCCGUCCCUACAGCAAGGGCAAAAGUGCUGUUCCUCCUCCCUCGAAAGUCAAGCUAGCUUGGCCAGAGCCUGCCCAGGGCAUCCCUCAGAGCAAACCAGGCAAGGAGCAGGACACACAGGAGGCCCCACCCUGUCCAGGGCCACGUGGGUCUCUGGGCCAGACACACAGCUCUGAGUCCUUGCAUGCGUUCAUGCGUCAGAAGGCCCAGGCCCGACGGCAGCAUGCCAUGGAGCAGAAGGCCUUGGCUGCACACACGCUGGAGCUGAGGAACCAGAGACUGCAGGAAGUGUACCGGAAGCAGCGAGAGGCCGUCCUUGGCAAGACCAUCCAUGUGGUCUCCCAGAGGAGGCCUGGCAUCGUCACCUUUGUUCCCAGUGCCAUACAGUCUGGGGGCCUGGAAGCUCCUGGGAGCCCGGAAACACCGCUGCAGAAGUGGAGUAAAGUGACAUCUGGCAUGGUGCUUGGAGACCAAGAGGCUCCAGACAGCUUCUGUCUAUGUUUGAACAAACCAUGGACCCGCUCUGAGACCCAGGACGCUAGACACCCCCCGGAAGGCGUGAGUGGUGCCCCUCUGAUACCAUCUACAACUUACUCCCCUGACCCCAUGAAGCUCCAGGCCCUGCCCUGGGGACUGAGCAUCUACCUGGGCCCACAGGACGCUGAGCAUCUGGGUCCAUCGGGCCUCCUGCACUUCCAGUACAAGCAGGCCCGGCUACAGGCACUGGAGACCAUGGCUGAUGCCCUCAAACAGCGUAUUGACAUCCUGACCACCAAACUGCAUAAACCGACGUCGCCCGACACAGCCGGUGACCCGGCCUCGGACAUGCUGGGCUCCAGCAAGACACCUGCCACCCCCACGCUCAUUCCUCCCUCUUACUUCAGAACUUUAAUGCCUCAAGGGGGCAGAGGGACUCCCCAGGACUGGGUGGAUGGACAGGCCAAGCCCCUUCUUCCCAGCACCUGCUUCCAGGACAGUGAGAUGCUGCCAUGGAGGCCCAGCUGGGAGACGCAGAGCCCAAACCUGGGGACUCACAUGGAGAGCCAGCGCCAAGGCCCUGUGUCCAGCCCCCCUGCCUCAGUGUCUCAGGUCAUCCCUCACUCGCAGCCAUAUCCUGCUGGCUCAAGUCACGGGGCCUCUUCCAAAGAUGCCAUAGAGGAGAGACAUUGGGAGCUCGAGAAGAAGCUGCAGAGAAAGAUGGCUACCCUCCAGGCCCUUGGCGCCUGCAUGAGGAGCUCACUUGGGGUGCCAGCUGCACCGGACCCCACCGGUGGCUCCUUUUGGCAGGAGGAGAUGCCAGAAGCUAAAAAGACAGACUUGGUAACGCCCUGGACCACCCAGAGCUGCGGUAAGGGCGAGCCUGCAGAUAGGCCCUGGGCUGGCUGGUCGGGUGGCCAGGGGGGCCUCCUGUGGGCCUCCUCGACUGCCUAGCUUGAUCUUGGUCUUGCAGGGUAGAGGUCUUUUUCUAUGUGGAUGGCUGCCUCAUGCCAGUAUUAAAGCGUUUUGAGGCUCUCCAGGCCCUGUCACCUACGCUGCU